AAAUUAAGUCUCUUUGAGGAAGCCUGAGCUCACCUUUGUGACUGUUUCUCUGCUUCAUGUUUCUUCUUCUUUUACUCCAUUCUUCCACUUUCUGAUUCAUUUACAGAACAGAGAACAACUGGAGUUAUGUCAUGCUAUCUACCUGAGUAGUGCCCGGACCCGGAGGAGUGAUUUUGCAAAAAUACAAAGUUUAAGUCCUUUUGUAAACUUUUCCACCGUGUUCUCCCUGGGGACUUGUUGACUGUAAUAUUGCUUAAAACCCUUACAUUUCACAGCUUUUCAGAAAAAUCCGAUUCCAUCCUUUCUAGAAAAAAACUCACUCUCUUUGCUUCUUCCUCCCCGCAAAAUCCUCAACAAAGUUCAAAACUUUGCACAACUCAUGAUUUUCAAAGCCGAAAACUCAAUCUUCUCAUUUGCAAAACGGUUUUCAUCCCAAACCCUGCUUAAACCCCCCUCUAAAUGGCUCUACCAAAGCCGAUUCAUAACCAAAGUUCGUCUGAAAUGGGUCAAGAACCGUGGCUUAGACCGCAUUAUAGAUGUCGAUACCGAUUUAAAGGCUGCUUGUCUCUUAAAAGACGCGAUUAAGCGUUCUUCUACUGGGUUUCUCACGGCGAAUUCAGUUUCUGAAUGGCAAAAGCUUCUCGGUCUCACUGUUCCCGUAGUUCGCUUUUUGCGCAGGUAUCCAACUUUGUUUGAGGAAUUCCCACAUAGCCGUUAUGCAAAUUUGCCUUGUUUUCGACUGACAGAUACUGCACAAUUGUUGGACUCACAGGAGCAAAAUAUACACCAAACUUAUGAGAAAGAUACUAUGGAGAGGCUUUGUAGAAUGCUGAUGAUGAUGAAGAGUAGGACAAUGCCACUCCAAUCAUUAUAUUCUUUAAAAUGGGAUCUCGGUUUGCCAGAUAAUUUUGAGAAAAUAUUGAUUCCAAAUUACCCAGAUGAUUUUCGAUUUGUUAAGACCUCAAAUGGGCUUGCUGGUUUGCGACUUGCACAAUGGCAUGAAGAGUUUGCAAUUUCUGCAAUGCAGAAACGUAGUGAAAGUUAUGAGAAUGGUAACGAUUAUAGGCAAUUCAAAAGAGGGCAAACAACAUUGGCAUUCCCAAUGAAUUUCCCAAGGGGAUAUGGAGCUCAGAAAAAGGUGAGAGCAUGGAUGGAGGAGUUUCAGAAGCUGCCAUAUAUUUCACCUUAUGAGGGUUGCAGGCAGAUUGACCCAAAUAGCGAUCUUAUGGAGAAACGAGCUGUUGGAGUUUUGCAUGAGAUAUUGAGCAUGGCUAUUCACAAGAAGACUAAAAGGAACUAUUUGAGAAGCCUGAGAGAGGAACUGAAUCUUCCACAAAAGUUUACACGAUUAUUUACCAGGUAUCCAGGGAUCUUCUACCUCUCUCUGAAAUGUAAGACAACCACUGUGACUCUCAAGGAAGGCUACCAACGAGGAAAGGUAGUGGACCCACAUCCCCUUGUUCAUAUUAGAAAGAAAUUUUAUCAUGUAAUGAAAACAGGACUUCUAUACCGAUGCAAAGGUGUGAAUAUGUUACCUCAAGAAGAUGUUUCGCUUGAUGAUAAUGUGGAGAGUGAAACAGAACAAGAAGAGACUGAGGAGGAAAAGAUCAGAUCAGGUGAUGAAUGCUACGAGGAAACUUCAGAAGUAGAGGAUGACUCUGAUUAAUAGCCAUGACCAUCUUACAUUAACACACCAUAUUUUGUUACCUGAAGCAGCAAAAGAUGUUUGUCAGCAAUUCGUGUUAGUACUUAUCUUAGAAUGCUUGCUAACAUAACACCCUCUGGGAGAAUGUACAAGAAUUUAGAAGAGAAAUGAGGGCUAGAAAUAUUGAUGGAGAAGCAGGUACCUGUUUCUGCUAUUCUUUCGGUUAUACUUAUUUUUGCAAUGUGAAAGAAUAAAUUCAAGAUUUAUCAAAA